AGAUUUUCAUUUGUUUGUUUCUGGCAGGCAGUUUGUUCAAACGUUUUGGCAACACAAAUCAAAAUUAAUUCCAAUGUCUCAGCAUCAGCAUACCAGCAACCACGAACAUGUGGGCAGCAGUGCUGCGGUGCCGUUCAACUGUUUAAAUCAGCCAUCGAUGGACGUGAUGGUGCAGGAUCCGACGGCCGAUGAAAUGAGCAUGAACUCGAGCCGAAUCCGGAGACUCGAGUACUUGCGCCGGGCCAUCGACAGCGACUGCCAGAUCCAUGUGCAGAACAUGACCGUGGCGCCAAACGGACAGGCGGGCAGCGUGUGCUACAGGACGUUCGACUGUCAUCGCAUAUUCCUGGCCACAUCCUCGGAGAAGAUGGAGACGGAUGUGUUCAAGAACGCGCAGUACAACGGCGUGCUGCAGAUGAACGGCGUCUCGCCGGAGAGCGUGCAGAUCUUCCUCGAGUACAUCUACACUUUCGAAGUGGACUCGCCGCAUGUCGCGCUGAAAAUCAUUGGGGACAUAUUCAUUCUAUCGAAUGCCUACAACAUGCCCGAGCUGAUGGCCGCCUUCUUUGAGAAAGUUAAGCAGCAGGAUUGGCCUCUGGUGGAUGUAAUCCCAGCCUUCGAUUUGGCGUUUCGGCAAUGCGGCAUGGCAGAGCUGGAGCAGCUAUGCCUGGAUAUAAUUAUACCCAACGCAAUGCUGCUGAUCAACGAACGGAGCCUCAUGAAUCUACAGCUGUACGCCAUCAACUACUUGAUUCAACUAUGGAUGGCGGCGGAUGCAGUGCCAAGGGAACGACUGAUCAAGCUGCUUCAGGACUACCAGGCGGCGAAUGGUCUCAAUUUCAACAAUGUUGUGAAAUUUCCUCAUUUCACAAAGAUCAUUCAGCACUUUCCAGGCAUCCUGCUAGGUGCUGAGGGGUCCAUAAUACAGUAAAUAAAUUUGGCAGUGCCAAAGGAA